UCUAUGUCUAGAUUUGACACAUCGAUAAGUUCCUCCACUCACAGAUCCCCGACUGGAGAUGCUCUUAGUCUGUUUUUUCCCAAGGAGGGCCGCUUCCGCGCUUUGUUCCCCGCUGAGCCUCCAGAGCCUCCAACCACAACGUGAGAGAAAGGGGUUGAGAUUUAUUAAUUUUGAUUUUUGAGUGGUGCCAGUGAAUCACUGAGGCUCCGAUCGAGGGACUAAACAAAGAAUCGCGGCCCAAUCCGGUUCGAAGAGGCACCACUUAACUUCACAUCUAUGCAGAUUAACAACAAGCACAAGACUAACAGAGGCUGCACCAAGAUCCAGCCGGUUCAAAGGGAGGAAGCGGGGCCUCUUCCCAAACGUCGAGCGAGCCCCAAAUUGCAGAUCCAUGCGUCUCUCCAGUUCAAGCGCAAAUUGUUGAAGCUGUGGUGAUGGCGAUUGUCCUGGCUGCAUUUGCAUCCUACAUAAGUCACUUGAUAACGCAAGUGGCAGAAAAAGAGCUAGGGAUGCUUCUAGGUGUCCAUCACGAGAUCCAACAGAUGGGGGUUAAGCUUCAUGAUCUCACGAACUUCCUCACCGAUGCCGACAGGAGGCGCAUCACUGACAAGAGAGUGCAAGCCUGGGUCAACGAGCUCAAGCACGUCAUGUAUGAUGCUGCCAACAUCCUCGACCUCUGCCAGCUCAAAGCCAUGGAGCAGGGUCCACCAUCCGCAGCCUGCAUGAAGUGCUUCAACCCUCUGGUUUUCUGUCUGCGGAAUCCUCUCUAUGCCCACGACAUUGGCAGCCGCAUCAAGUCACUCAACCAGAGGCUUGACACCAUCAAUGCGCGAAGUGAAACCUUCAGCUUUGCUAACCUUGGGUCCUAUGAGGACCGUGGCAACAUGGUGGCCGUGAAUGGCAACAACGACCGCGAGACAUCCGGGGAGCUCGACUUGUCAGGCGUGGUCGGGGAGAAGAUAGAAGAACAAACAAGAAGAUUGGUGGAGAUCAUGCUGACACAAAGGAGAGGUAACAGCAACAUCAUAGUUGUCGCCAUUGUGGGGGUCGGUGGGAUCGGCAAGACCACCCUUGCACAGAAGGUCUUCAAUGACGAGGCCAUCCGAAGUGAGUUUGACAAGAAAAUAUGGUUGAGCGUUAACCAGGAAUUCGACAAGGCUGAGCUGCUCAGGACAGCUAUCACCCUUGCUGGAGGAGACCAUCGUGGUGAAAAAGCAUUGGCUGUGCUUCAGCCAGCACUUGCCGCUACACUGAAAGCGAAUAAGAUAUUGCUGGUGAUGGAUGAUGUUUGGAACCAGAGAGCAUGGGAGGUUGUACUCAAAAUUCCCUUGGUCAAUGCUGCUGCUCCAGGAAGCUGCAUCCUCAUCACCACUAGAUAUGAAACAGUUGCCCGAGGGAUGACAGCUGAGGAGCCUUACCACCACAUUGAUAAAUUAGAGGAUGAAGAUGCCUGGUCAUUGCUUAAGAAGCAGGCAAUCUCAAGUGAGAUAGAUGAGUCUGAGAUUGAGAAGUUGAAGAAUAUUGGAUUCAAAAUUUUAGCAAAAUGUGGUGGUUUGCCGCUUGCUGUCAAAGUAAUGGGCGGACUCUUGCACCAGAGGGGGACGCUAUGCCGUGACUGGGAGCAGGUUUUGGAUGAUUCCGCAUGGUCACUAUCUGAAAUGCCCCAAGAGCUCAACUAUGCAGUAUACCUGAGUUAUGAAGAUUUGCCUCCUUAUCUUAAGCAGUGCUUUCUAUUCUACUCCCUUCUUCCCAAGGGUCAAAAGUUUGAUGUUUUUGAUGUUGUUGGCAUGUGGAUUAGUGAAGGAUUUAUUUAUGGGAACUCAAAUGACUUAGAAGAACUGGGAAUGCAUUACUAUAAGGAGCUAAUAUCGAGGAACCUGAUAGAGCCAGAUUCUGUUAAUCUAUGGAUUGGCAGCAUGCAUGAUGUUGUUCGCUCAUUUGCUCAAUAUGUGGCUAGAGGUGAAGCACUCACAGCUCAGAACGGAGAAACUGAUACUAAUAGUAAGCUCAGUUCACAAAAGUAUCUUCAGUUGUCGAUAGAAAACAAUGGAUUACAAUCAGGGGUUUUAGAGUGGAGAUCUUUACAAGGGCAGAAAUCACUGAGAACUUUAAUCUCAAUUGGGAAAAUCAAUAUGAAGCCUGGUGAUUCGUUCGUUACUUGUUCUAAUCUGCGUACUUUGCAUAUAGAAUCUAUGAAUGUAGCUGCAUUGGUUGAAUCUUUACAUGAACUCAAGCACCUGAGGUAUUUGGCCCUAAUAAAGACUGAUAUAUCUGCACUUCCAAGGAAUAUUGCCAAGAUGAAAUUAUUGCAGUACAUUAGCGUCAGAGGAUGUGAAAGUUUGGUUAAACUUCCUGAUAGCAUCGUGAAACUUGGUCAUCUGAGGAUUCUUAACCUUGCUGGCAUAAGUAAAGAUGCCAAUAUUCCUAGAGGGUUCUGUGAGUUGACAAGUAUGAGGAGACUAGGUGGGUUUCGAGCCCGCAUGAAUGGUGACUGGUGCAGUUUGGAAGAGUUGGGGCCUCUUUCUCAGCUUAGGCUUCUUGCAAUUAGUGACUUGGAGAAUGUAUCUAUUGCUUCAUACGCCGCAAAUGCUAGGAUUGGUGAAAAGAAGCAUCUUACGGAAAUGCUCCUUUCCUGCGCUAGCAGACUGGGGAAUGAUGGGCUGGUCAAAGAGAAAGAAGGAGUCCCUGAGGAAGAACAGCAACAAAUCCAGAAGGUGUUUGAUGAGCUCUGCCCUUCUACAAGAUUAGAAUAUCUUAAUAUCAAUGGGUAUUUUGGCCAGCGGCUCCCAAGGUGGAUGUUGGCAGAAGCGACACCCCUUAACAACUUGCAGUUUCUAAGGAUGUAUGACCUAGCUUGUUGCACCCAACUUUCUGAUGGCCUGUGUCAACUCCCCUAUUUACAGGUCAUUCAGAUCUCCCGUGCUCCAUCCAUCAAGCUUGUUGGUCCUGGAUUCGUGCAUCCUUCCCGGGCAGCAACCUCAUUUCCUAGAUUGCAAAAGAUGGGCUUGGAGGGACUGGUGGGCUGGGAGGAGUGGCACUGGGAGGAGCAUGUGCAAGCCAUGCAAAAUUUGAAGGAUCUUCGGCUCAAUCGCUGCAAAUUGAAGCGUGUUCCUCCUGGCCUUGUCUCCCAUGCGAGGGCUCUGAGAACGUUGAUUGUAUCCUGGGUCCAGCACCUCAGCUCACUUGAUAAGUUUGCUUCCCUUGUUGAGCUUCAAGUGUCUCACAACCCCGACCUGCGGAGGAUCACUAAUCUUCCCAAUCUGCAGAAGCUUGUUAUCAACAGCUGCCCAAAGAUGGAAGUGCUGGAGGGUGUUCCUGCACUCCAGAGGCUGGUGCUGGAGGAUUACCUCAUGGAAAAGCUCCCAGAUUACAUGAGAGAUAUAAAGCCAAGGCAUUUGCAGCUAGACUGCAGGCCAUGGCUGCUCACUUCAGUAGCUGCAGGACAAUCUGGCCCUGAGUGGGAUAAGUUCAGCCAUGUUGAGCAUGUGAAGGCAUACGCACAUCAUGGAAGUGACAGAAGGAAAUGGUACGUCAUGUACACAAGAGAUCACUGCAACUUGGAGUCAAAUAUUAGCCACUCUACCGUAUUUGGAGGAACCUUUUCAUCUUCUAUGAUCGAUGCACAAGCACUUGGGUCUGUCUUGAAAAUGAGAAGCAACUUCAGCUACAUCUGCAGCUUGGUGAGUGUGCCAUUUUUGGAAGAUAAUAUGAUGGUAAGGGAUCAGACCCUGGAUGAUGGGAGGGGGCUAUCUUUAGAAGAUCAGGUAGCCAUUGCUCUGAGAGUGUUAAGCUCUGGUGAGUCACUAGAGACCAUUGGAUCUGCUGUUGGUAUGAACCGGUCCACCGUCUCGCUGGUAACUUGCAGGUUUGCUAGUUACUUGUGUGAGCGAGCAAACCACCACUUGCACUGGCCAGCCUCAGGUGAAAUGGAGGAGAUCAAAUCGAAGUUUGACAAGAUCCAUGGCCUUACAAACUGCUGCGGUGUUGUAGACACAGUUCGCAUCGCAGUUCCCCUUCUGUCAGCUGAAGCAAACAGCGACCAUGAGAAGAACGACGGUAUGCUAAUACAAGUCGUCGUUGAUCCAGAUUUGAGGUUCACAAACAUUUGGUUUGGAUUGUCAAGUAGCAUGAACCAGUCGAGCAUUUUGCACGGGUCUGGUCUCUUUGAGCUUUGCGAGAAGGGCGAGUGGCUGAAUGGGAGCAAGCUGAAGGUAUCAGAUGGUUCAGAAGUUGGGGAAUACAUAAUUGGUGAUGCAGAAUACCCUCUUCUUCCUUGGCUCCUCACACCCUACCAGGAGAAUGACCUCCCAGAUUCGAAAGCAGAUUUCAAUACGAGACACUCCACAGCCAGAAACGUCGCCCUGAGGGCGCUGGCAAGGUUCAAAGACACUUGGAAGUUCCUGCAGGAAAAAAUGUGGCGUCCGAACAACGGAGAUGAGAUGUUUCGGAUAAUCGACGCGUGCUGCAUUUUGCAUAACAUAGUGAUAGACAUGGAGAAGGGUGCAGGCAUGCCGACCGAUGUGGAGGUGAAUUACAGUCGGCAACUGCGCCAGCUAGCAGAUGAGAACGCCGUCAGGGCGAGGGAUAGUCUGUCCCACCACUUGAUCAGUAGGUUUACGGAAACAUGAGUAGUCGACCAUGUGAAUGAAGAGGAGAAACGGGAAGUAGCUUCAUCUGGCUUCCGGGGGUAAAGAGAAGGAAAAGACAGCACAUUCACUGGUUUUAGGGGAUAAACAUGAAAGGAAGCACACAAAAGAACAUGAGAUAAAGACAUGCCAUUGAGAAAUGGCUGACGAGUUCUUUGGUUGUGUCGAUAAAAAGUUCAGCUCAUGAAUCUAUCUUUCGAACACGCACAGUCAGAAUGUAGGAUCAAAGAGGAAAUGAUGAUAGUGUAAGGAGCCCGCACUCACCGAGGAGCAUGCACGAGAUAGUUUUCAAAACCUCCUAUUUAGCGUUUGCCGUUUCACUGGAGCAUACCCACAAACUAUGACCGUCGUAAGCUAUGAUGUUAAACAAGAAAGGUUCGCACAAUUGCAUCGAGCUGCACUCGGAUUCCCACAAGAAAGUUUCUUCUCAGGUUAUUCAUCAAGCUACGCACUGGAUUCAGUUAUGGGUGUUCCUACUCCCGGAGGAUCAUCGGUGGAUGCAACCGGCUGUUGACGGUUGCUCAAGACUCCUUUUUUCGGGCUACUGGGUGGCCACACAUUAGUAGAUUAUCAAAUGGAUAGCUUCUUUACGUGUCUCAUUUUUCUUUGGUUGAUUCAUGUAUCAACCUUGUCUGAUUCAUGAUUGUAAACUUUUGAUUGCCUCAUACUUUGAAUCUUUUUAAUACAGAGCAGCCGUGUGUAUCA